AUGGGGGAUCAGGCACAGAGCACCAACUUCAAGGAGGCCUUCUCACUCUUCGACAAGCGCGGAAACGGUCGCGUGCAGAUCGACUCCCUUGGCGACCUCCUCCGAGCAUGUGGCCAGAAUCCAACUCUUGCUGAGAUCAAGGAUCUCGAGCACUCAGUGGGCGGAGAUUUCGACUUUGACUCUUUCACACGCGUCCUCAACCGACCAGGUGGCUUCCGCGACCCUGGCGAGCCUGAAGAGUACUGCCGCGGCUUCCAGGUCUUCGACAAGGAUCUGACCGGCUUCAUCGGCGUGGGACAGUUCCGAUACAUCCUCACAAACUUGGGCGAGAAGAUGAGUGAUGAGGAGGUGGAUGAGCUGUUGAAGGCCGUGGACACAAGCAGCGGCGAGCUGAAUUACAUGGACAUGGUCAAGAUGAUCCUUCAAAACUAG